AAAUUAUAAAUUAUUAUUUUACCAAAUACAAUAAUCAAAAUUGAAGCAGCGGUAGGCUUAUGUUGCUUUGGAGAAUCUUGCCUCAAUUCAAAAUUUUGUAUCGCCGAUGAUCUUUGGUAGUGCUUCAUGGGUGAGGCAAAAGUUCCAAUCUUGGUCAUUGCAUCACUUCCCUAAAUACUACUCCACAGCCCCAGAAGAUCAAAGCCUCAUUUCCCUACUGCAAUCUUGCACUCAGACCUCUGAAAUCUGUCAAGUCCAUGGCUCCAUGGUCAAAACUGGCCUUGUCAAUGUCCCCUUCACUUUGAGCAAGCUUCUUGCAUCUUCCAUACAAGACACUGACUAUGCAGCCUCAAUUUUCAACCAGAUUCCAAAUCCAAAUCUCUUUAUGUUCAAUACUAUGCUUAGAGGCUAUUCAAUUAGUCACCAUCCAAAACAAGCUUUUGUUGUCUUCAAGGUUUUGAGGGCUCAACAAAUGAUACUCGACCAGUUUUCCUUCAUCCCAACCCUCAAAGCUUGUGCUCGCGAAUUGGCUUACGAAACUGGCCAAGGGAUUCAUGGGGUUGUUGUGAGGUCUGGGCAUGGACUGUUUACCAACGUGAAGAAUGCACUUUUGCAUUUUUAUUGUGUUUGUGGGAGAAUUGGAGAUGCCCAUCAGUUGUUUGAUGAGAUUCCUCCGAAAAUUGAUUUGGUUUCAUGGAACACUUUGUUGGGUGGAUAUCUCCAGGUGCCCCACCCCACUAUGGUCACUUGCUUGUUCGGAGAAAUGUGUAGGAAAGGUCUAAAAUUUAGCACCACAACAAUUUCCAGUGUGUUGUGUGCUGUGGGUGAUUUGGGAAACAUUCUUGGUGGAGUAUCUCUUCAUGGGCAUUGCAUUAAGGUUGGCUUUUGUUCAGAUUUAAAUGUGGCUACUGCUUUGAUUGAUAUGUACGCAAAUGCUGGGUUUAUUGAUUUAGGGCAUAAAAUUUUUUAUCAAGUCCCCAAAAAGGAUGUUGUCUUAUGGAAUUGUUUGAUAGAUGGGUAUGCAAGAAGUGGCCUGUUACAAGAAUCAUUGGCUCUACUGCAACUGAUGAAACGUGAACAAGUGAAACCCAAUUCAUCUACAUUGGUAGGGUUGCUUUCGGCUUGUGCUGCUGCCGGAGCAUCGGGUGUAGGCCUAUGUAUCAGCAACUAUGUGGAGGAGGAGCAAAUAGCAUUGGAUGCAGUUCUCGGCACCGCUCUGGUUGAUAUGUACUGUAAAUGUGGGUUCCUCGAGAAGGCUAUUGAUGUUUUUGAAAGGAUGGAAAUCAAAGACGUGAAAUCUUGGACAGCCAUGAUUUCAGGUUAUGGGGUGCACGGGCAGGCAAAAAAUGCCAUUAUGAUCUUUCAUAGAAUGGAGGUGGAGGGCUAUAGGCCUAAUGAAGUCACUUUCUUAGCAGUUUUGAAUGCUUGUAGCCAUGGAGGUAUGGUGGUAGAGGGGAUAAGUUUCUUAGAGAAAAUGGUUCGACAAUAUGGCUUUUCCCCAAAGGUUGAACACUAUGGAUGUAUGAUUGAUCUCUUGGGCCGUGCAGGGUUGCUGGAAGAAGCACAUAACCUAAUCAAGAGUUUGCCCAUUGAGGGCGAUGCUACCGGGUGGCGUGCAUUGCUCGCAGCUUGCAGGGUGUAUGGAAAUGUUGACUUGGGAGAACGCGUGAAGAGAGUGCUGUUGGAAAUCUUUGAUGAACACCCCACUGAUUCCAUCCUUCUUUCUAGCACAUACGCUAUUGCAGGAAGGUUGCCUGAUUAUACAAGAAUGCAGGAGAUUAAGGAAGAAAAGAUGAUGAAGGAAGCUGGAUGUAGUGCAAUUGAGAUGGAUAGCCAUGGGUGGGAGCAUAUUAGGGAAUAUGGGAGCUCAAGCAAGGGACCCCCUCAUGCGAAUGCUUAAUCCCCAGUCAAUUCUUUCAACACUUACCUUGCUUACUCAUGAUAUCAAUAAACUUCGAUUUUUUAUUUUUUAUUUUUUUUUGAGUUUCAGCACCGAUCUUCAACUAAUUGAUAACAAACACAGACUCACCCUGAGUUUGAAGGCCCUCCAAAUUCUAGCAGUUGUGCAGCUGAAUAUCAUUCUGAAACAUGCAUGCUUUGGCUCUUCCAUGCGAAAUAAAAAAGUGACCAAGUCAGAGAUGAUGGAUCAGGCUCGGACGAAAUUCAGGGUUUGCAUCUCCUUCACGUGAGUGGCUCCAAAUAUAUAUAUAUAUAUAUAUUAUUAACUUCGGUUAGGGUCAUCCUUGAAUUCAUUCUUUUGUUGUUGCACGUUGAAAAGGGUUUCCUUGGAUGAGGGUUACAACCCUAAAAUCAUCUGGAAAAUAUGGCUAGCUUGUGGGUUGGUCUGUUUCUCUAUGAUGCUGUGGCAUUCUCUAUAUAAGAAAAUAUAUUUUCAUAA